AUGGUAGGUUUCGCUAGGUACUAUACUUCGAACCCUGAUUUAGUCAAGAGAUUAUAUGAAGGUUGGGAUUUAACCCCGUAUGACAGACUCUCUUUCUACGGUUCAAGUAACUGGGGUUAUAACACAUUCAAUCAUUAUAAUGGAAAAUUCCAGUUUACGAAGGAUAUUGAAAGUAAUAAAUUGCCUAAAGCUAUUGAAGAGAUAGAAGUUAAAUAG